AUUACUAGUGUCCGGUCCUUGACGGGCCUACAUCCUCACGAUGUUUUUAAGCGUGGACCAACCGAUAUGCUCCGGGCCCUAUCGGAAACGGUAGGUGUCGAUCCAACCGCACCUCAUUUUGCAUUCAUUGACGAUCCUGCCAUGAUACCUAGCACAGCAUCGGCUAAGCGGACUUACUAUAUGGCCAAGGAAAUGGGCAAACGUGCCGCACGUCAGCUAGCAGAAGAAUGGCCUACUCUUUUUGCACUCGAUCGCGAUGAUCCAUAUCUGCCGGCAUUUCGACCUCAGAAACCAGCUGAUCCCCUGCAGGUUGCCCCAACGGAGGAGAAUCUUCUGUCGAUGAUCGAGAAACGAGAAGUCGAAGAUGCUGUCAGGUUGUACGAAAGGAUGAGAGCGGAGAACAUCGACGUUUCACAAGAAACCCAAGUGGAGCUGUUCAAAUUUGUAACUUACUAUAAUGGCAAGAAUGUGCCGUUUUCCGAGUGGGAGGAAUGGCAUGGCAUGCGCGCUUUCGGCGAGAACGAACCGAAUAAAUGGACUUCGGCAGGCUUGGCAGACUUGCUGUUCGAAGUGCUACCUCAUACUCCUGAAAUCGUCUCUACUUACAUUGCUGGCCUAAUCAAGUAUGUUGCUCUUACCUUAAUUAGAAAAAAAGCUUUGUUUCAGGAGUUUGCAUCCAAAGGGGUUCUAUGUCGCGAAGCGUACGAUGCUCUAAUAUCCGCAGCAAACUGGAAGGAUGCAAAGGCUUUACUGAAAGAAAUGGCUGAGAAGAAGGUGAAACCAGUUGCAAGUACAUGGAAUGCUCUGCUCCAAUCAGCUAAGCAGAUGAAUGGUUUGCAAGAACGAUUGUCUGCAUUUGAAAACGUCAUUGGCGAGAUGGUUGCUCUAAAAAUUCAGCCAUCUCUUGAAACAUAUCGAAUUAUUCUGAACAGCAUAGAAGAUUCUAUACCUGAGAGUACCUCAAAGGAUGCGGAAAAGAAGGCGGAUACAGUUCUGAGCGUAGGGAUUUCAUGGCUUUCUGAGAUGCUUUCCGAUUUGGAAAGUCGUCCAUCUCUCGAACUUUGCUCAACUAAAGAUCAUUUAUUCUUUCUCGACGCUAUGGGAAUUGCAUACCAGGCUGGAAACAUGGAAAUAGCCGAGCGUCUAGUGAAACUGUACGAGAGUCCAGUGAACAAGGUCAAGUUACCAGCACUCCCAACGGAAGGAAUAUUUUACAAUCGCUACCUUCUCCUUUUCAUUGAGCGAACAACUUCAAUAGAGGAAAUCGAGAAAAAGUACAAGGAACUAGUUCCCCGCCUUGUUGGAGUGGGUCGACAGCUAUCCUUAGCAGUGGCUGAGAAGUUGAAGCAUUCUCCUCGCUGGACUCUUUUGCGUCGAUUGAUCGAAGAUGGCAUUUGUGCUCGCCAGUUGGUCGACUUUCGUAUAGCUCCAAUCCUCAGGAACCUUCUCAUCGAUGUUCACUACCAGGUAUUUGCACUUUCGGUAGAACAUCGUCAAGAAUAUGCUGACCUGAUUCGUCGAAUCGUUGACAUUUCCGUGGAGUUCAGUCGUUUCACAGAUGAGAGGCAAAAGAGGCUGCAGUUCAAGCUAUCG